UGAAAUUGCAUCGAUUGGAAGGAAGCUCAGCUUAGGUUCCGGCACCUCCAAACGGACCCUUUUUAAAGCCAACGCGGACUGGGGCCUCAAGCUCGAAGCUCCACAAAACGCUCUCCCGGCCGGGCAGCGAGGGACCGAGGAGCCCGGGAGCCCCGCACCCGGCGCACGGAGCCGGGCGGAGCGCCGAGCCGCAGGCACCGGCAUCUCCAGGAUGACAGGCGACAUUGCAACAGAUCUCGACGCCCUGCCGCUCAGGGGGCUCCGAGGGAAACAGCAAGUUCGGGGAUCCAGGCCAGGAGCUGAGUGAGGCCGCAGCCCCUGGGGCUGCGGACGAAAAUCUUGAAAAAUGUAUACAAGCCAUGAAGAUAUUGGAUAUGAUUUUGAAGAUGACCCCAAAGAUAAGAAGACGCUUAAACCCCACCCGAACAUUGAUGGUGGUUGGGCGUGGAUGAUGGUCCUUUCCUCAUUCUUUGUACACAUCCUCAUCAUGGGCUCGCAGAUGGCCCUGGGAGUCCUCAAUGUGGAAUGGCUUGAAGAAUUCCAUCAGAGCCGCGGCCUGACUGCCUGGGUCAGCUCCCUUAGCAUGGGCAUCACCUUGAUCGUGGGGCCUUUCAUUGGCUUGUUCAUUAACACCUGUGGCUGCCGCCGGACUGCGAUAGUUGGAGGGCUGGUGAACUCGCUUGGCUGGGUGUUGAGUGCCUACGCUGCGAAUGUGCAUUAUCUCUUUAUUACCUUUGGAGUGACAGCUGGCUUUGGAAGCGGGAUGGCUUACCUGCCGGCCGUGGUCAUGGUGGGGAGGUACUUUCAGAAGAGGCGCGCCCUUGCGCAGGGGCUGAGCACCACGGGGACGGGCUUUGGCGCGUUCCUCAUGACGGUUUUGCUGAAGUACCUGUGCGCAGAGUACGGAUGGCGGAACGCAAUGUUCAUCCAAGGCGCCGUUUCCCUAAACCUGUGUGUUUGUGGGGCGCUCAUGAGGCCCCUCUCUCCUGGGAAAGAUGGAAACGACCCAGGAGGGAGAGAUCCACAAGUCCUCCCGGCUCCCUCCACUGAAUCUAUUAAGUCGAAUGGACCAGUGGACAGAGCAGAAGAGAAGGGGGACCCGCCGGGGAACGAGGAGACUCUCAGUGACCUCGCAGCCCAGGCGUGCCAAGAGAAGGCCGGGCUCAGAAAGAACAUGUGCGCCCUUCGGGUUCUGAAGACGGUGAGCCAGCUGACCCUGAGAGUCAGGAAGGGCUUCCGCGACUGGUACUCUGGCUAUUUUGGGGCAGCCUCGCUCUUCACUAAUCGAAUGUUUGUAGCCUUUAUUUUCUGGGCUUUGUUUGCAUACAGCAGCUUUGUCAUCCCUUUCAUUCACCUCCCAGAAAUCGUCAAUUUGUAUAAUUUAUCGGAGCAAAACGAUGUUUUCCCUCUGACUUCCAUUAUAGCAAUAGUUCAUAUCUUCGGGAAGGUGAUCCUGGGCAUUGUGGCCGACUUGCCUUGCAUCAGCGUUUGGAAUGUCUUCCUGAUGGCCAACUUCACCCUGGUCCUCAGUAUCUUUAUUCUACCACUGAUGCACACCUACGCCGGCCUGGCGGUCAUCUGUGCCCUGAUAGGAUUCUCCAGCGGUUAUUUCUCCCUGAUGCCCGUGGUGACUGAAGACUUGGUGGGGAUUGAGCACCUGGCCAACGCCUACGGCAUCAUCAUCUGUGCUAACGGCAUCUCCGCGUUGCUGGGACCACCUUUUGCAGGGUGGAUCUACGACAUCACUCAAAAGUAUGAUUUUUCCUUCUAUAUGUGUGGUUUACUUUACAUGGUGGGGAUACUCUUUUUACUCAUUCAGCCAUGUCUUCGAUUUAUAGAACAAUCCAGAAAAAAAUACAUGGAUGGUGCACAUGUUUAGUGUCCUGUUAUGUUUCCUGUAAGAUUUCUUUGUGAUACUCUCGCUACCUCACAUGGUUGCUGUGAGGACCUAUGACGUAUCGUGGGAAAGUGCUUUGUACGGUAACUGGCACUGCCACUUGUAAAUGUCAUUGUCAUUGUCAUUUGAAAGCUGCACUGCCUUUCUGUUUGAGGAGGAGCAAUGCUGGAGGGUAUAAGGACUACAUACGUUUUAGAGAUGGCAGUGUCCUUCGAAGACAGCCCAUUACAUAAUUGGUAGAAAUGCCCUUAUAAAAACUAUUCUCUCUUGUUGUCCCCUGGAACUAGGGUUUUAGAUACAGCUUUUAAAACAGAGACAAGGAAUAAAAGCUUUUCAACCUGACUACUUCUUCGUAAGGUAAUAGUAAAGUAUCUGACUUCUCCUGGAAAGAUUACAGAUAAAUGGGUUUUAAGAAUAAGAAUGUGACCAGAUUUCAGGAAUUGCUCCAGGGAGCUGUUAAUCUACUGGUGUGAAACAAAGGCGGGCUCUAAUUUCAAAGGCAAUACGUUUAGUACAAAUAAAGAAACACAGUUUAUAUUUUUAUGCAAGACUUCAGCAGCUAGGGAGCACAAUUUCUAAAUCUUCCUCUAAGAAAAGCAUUUGCUAUCAGUUCUAAUACAAUAUUUUCCAGUUGUAAACUGAAUCUUGACGCAAAACCUUAAUAAAUAAUACUAAUGAUUUCCUUAGCAAAAGUCAUAUUUAUGCACACAACCGGUGAGUCAAGGGCUAUGAUUCGAGCACUUUUAUUCAUAUCAUCGGCCUCUUAGUUUAUGAGCAUGAUGUGGGGCCUGUAAAAAAAUUUUCUGAGUUUCUCCUGCCUAAUAAAUAAAAGAGAGAUCUAACUGCUGGUUGACAUAUAAAGUUGGUGGUUAAAUCAUUUGUAAAGCAGGUAACUAAUCCAAAAUGUAAGACUAUCAAGUUGUGAGGGUAAUACCAGAAUGCCCUUGGUCUGGAUGUCUGCACCUGACAUUGGAGUAGUGGUAACAAACAGCCCUUCUCCAGUCCCUCUUGUUGUUAUAUAGAUAACUCAUCCGCCUGAGCUCAGCACAGUUUAAAAAUAGUUCUCUUGAUUGAUUUCAUCCAGAAGAUAACUGUGACUCAUGACGUCAAAUGAUGCUCUUCCUUUAUCUGAGAUCUCUAUUUUUCUAAGCCAAACAUUUUUCAGAUUGCAGAAUGUUCUUCCCAGAAUCAUUUUGAAAUUCCUGGCUGCCUUCCUUGUUUACACGUAUUUUAGAACUGUUUAAAUUUCUGCUCACAAUUUUCUCAUCACACAUAGACACAAAAAUCCUUUAAUAUUGUUGCUAGUGUCUUGGGUCAAAUUUAUCUAAAGUGAGCACAGACCAUUCUCAAUUAUCCUUGGUAAUUAGAGGCAGAAAUGAUACCAGUAAUUGGAGUCACAGAAUGUUACCCCAAGCCUAAUUUUAUCCAGCGGCGUCAGUCUUACUCCACCAAACUCUUCACAGCUGUUAACAAGUGAUUGCAUGGACGAGUUUCCAUUCUGUUUCAUCUCCAUUAUUUCCUGCCGUAAUGUCUAGUGGGAGGGGUUGUGUAAUGAAAAGGACCACCAAGAUAACAAUAAUAAUAACAGGCAGCUAAUGGAAAGGAGAAACAAAAGCAUCGCUAAUAUACACCCUUGAUAUUACCUCCAAUGAGUCAAGAAUUGCCUGUAAAUUAUUAUAGAUAAUAAAUUGCAUGUCAUACUCCAUUUGGUUCAACAAUGACUUGUUUGUUAUCAUCACUGCUUUGGCUGCUGUUAAAGAACCCAGCUUGCUAGUUUGAUAAAGGAAAUCUUUAAAGCUAAGGCGAUGCUCUCUCUAUUUACUAUAAAAUUAGGAUGAGUAGAUUGAAAAACAUGUUGUGUGUUUUAAAACUGACUACAUUACUUCAUUACUCUCGUUUUCUGACAACACCAAGUUAACAAGAGGCGGUGUUACAUACUUUGAAUGGUGCUAAAGCCAGCGCGUCUUGAUGCUCGUCCUGCUGGUUGUGUGUCAUAAAUAUGAACUUUUUAUCCAACAACCUGGCUUUAGUUAUACCCAAGUUAGACCUGCUCACUUUCGGUUUAUGCCGUUGUUUGUUGAUUUACUGUGUUUAUGGAAGUGAUCGUUUCUACCAAAUCAUAAGUUCCCAUUUUACAAAAAUAGAGUAAAACCUGCUUGCAAUAUUCAUGUUGACAACACAAUAAAAGAGAAUGCUAUAAUUACGGCAGAUAUGUUAAUGUUUCCUGUUCAAAAUGUUAUUAUUUACAGUUCUUUGGAGAUUUUAGAAAGGGUUAAUUGUAUAUUUAUAUUAUGUGCUUUAUAGUUUUCCCCUCACAUAUCCAAGUAAUUUUUGU